AUGGAUGAAUAUCACCAAUUAUUUUGCAAUAUUCAUCUUGCUGAUAAUUUAGAGGCUUUGUGGGCUUUGAAUAUUCAAGGAUACGAUGAAAAUCAAGUUCCUGCUAUUUGGGACAAACCAAGCGGAAUUACUGAAAACGCCGAUUUUGAGGCUUGGUUAAAGGCUGGUUUAAACAAAGUUAAGGAAAUUGAGGAUUAUGUACCAGGGGAAACUGAAAGAAAAAUUUAUGAUUUGGAGGAUGACUUACUACCUGACGGUUUGAAAGAAAAUGAUUUAGUUAGUUUUAUAGGUGAUAAAUACAGAAAUUUGAAAUUUCAAGAGUUUAAGAAUAAUUUUCGAGGACAUGGAGACGAGGCAGCAGGAGCCACCGACGAGGAAAUUGAACUUUAUUUUGAACUUGAUAUUAAUGAGUUAAGAGGCAAUUCGGAUACGGGUAUUACCGCGGAAAUUAGAGGAAAAACAUGCUUUAACCCAACAGAGAAAGCAACUACUUUUGAUAAAGGAGGAAAAAGAGAGAAAUUUGAAGAAUGA